CUUAUGUUUAGAGGACGUGUCGAUUAAUGUGUAAAAUAAAAUUUAAAUAGAUCUUUAAAAAUUAUUUACAUAUUGUCUUUAAUGAGGCAUUCUAUAGCAGUGCAGUCGUGUAAUUUAAUUCUAUUAACAUACAAUCUUUAAUAUUAUAACGAAACAGUUUUCAUUCGAUACACCUUGACCGUAAACAAAGACAUUUUUUGGAUAAAUAACAAUGAAUGUGUUGGUUGUAAGGUGUAAAUGUGUAUGAGGGUUGGAGUUUUGAACUUGUCAAGGAUUUUAAUGCGAGGGAAGUGUUUCAAGAUGACCGGGGUGAGCAGGGACGCGCCGAUCGGUAUCCAAUGUUUACAAAAACUUAGCGGUUGGCUUUGUCCGCGGAUGCAAAUCAACAGGUUAAGAUGGUACCAAGGGGCAGUUCUAUUGUUGACAUACUUCACUUACAUGACAUACCACUUGACGCGCAAGCCGAUAUCCGUGGUAAAGAGUGUGCUGCAUCAGAACUGCAGCGGGUUAGUGCCCCCACCAGGCACUGAUACGUCAGACGACCAGUGGUGUAACUGGCCGCCGUUCAACACAAGUGACGCGAACACUCUGCUCGGUGCAUUAGAUUCUGCUUUCCUGUUUUCCUAUGCGGGAGCAAUGUUUAUUUCGGGCAUGGUGGCGGAGCGCGUGGACUUAAGAUAUUUCCUGUCACUGGGUAUGCUGGUCUCCGCCAUCUUCUGCUACCUCUUCGGCCUCGGGAAGACCCUCAGCAUACACUCCAUUUCAUUCUAUUUGUUAGUGCAGGCAGGAGCUGGUAUAGCACAAACGACAGGGUGGCCGGGGACUGUCGCCACUGUUGGUAAAUGGUUCGGAAAUAGUAAGAAAGGCUUAAUUUUCGGCAUUUGGAACUCUCACACGUCAUUGGGUAAUAUAUUAGGUACAGUAAUGGCGGCUGAAUUCGUAGAAGCAGAUUGGGCGUUGUCAUUUAUCUACCCAGCGUUGGGCAUGGGGUUUGUGGGCACUCUGGUCUGGUUAUUCCUGCCAUCGGAACCCAGACACGUGGGUUUGGUGAUAUCACCACGGCCUGAGUCCAGACAAUCACGAAGGUCUGAAGAUGAAGAGGAGCCAUCUCAAGUUAUAGUCGGAGACCAGGCGGCGAGCUUGCGUCCCAACCGCCAUUCAGCAAACGCACCACCGCCUCAGAGUGAUGAAGCAGAUGAGAGCACUGCCCUACUGAGGAGGCCUUCACGGGAGAACGGUGAAAGCGCGGUGUCCCUCUCCCGCGCACUCGCCAUCCCAGGAGUCCUCGAGUUCUCCCUCUCUCUCUUCUUCGCGAAACUCGUCAGUUACACCUUUCUUUAUUGGCUGCCUCUCUACAUAAAUACUUCGACGUCGCUAACGCCGAAGCAAUCGGGCGAGCUGUCGACGGCGUUUGAUGUGGGCGGUGUGCUGGGCGCCGUGCUGGCUGGCUUGCUGGCGGACUGCGCCGGCUGCCCAGCUCUCGUCUGCGCCGCAUUCUACACGUUCUGCGCACCCGUUUUGCUGGCGUACCAGCGCUGGGGCGCGGUGUCUUACGGGCUGAACGUGGCUCUGUUGGUGCUGGGCGGUGUGCUCGUCAACGGACCUUACGCGCUCAUCACUACGGCAGUCAGCGCAGACCUCGGUACUCACAGCAGCCUGGCUGGUGAUGCUAAAGCGCUGGCCACAGUCACCGCCAUCAUUGAUGGAACAGGAAGCAUAGGUGCGGCUAUAGGGCCGAUGUUGGCAGGCGUGGUAUCCUCAAGCGGGUCCUGGUCACAUGUCUUCUAUAUGCUCAUCUCCUGCGACCUGCUCGCUCUCUGUCUGCUGCUCAGGAUAGUGAAAUCGGAAGUGGUAAAACUACGUCAGGAGAGAAGAAUGGCCUCCCCCAGAAUAAUAAGGAUAGAAUAAAUUUAUCCAGUAUUAUUUUAGCAAAUUGUACACCAGUAUUGGAUAUAUCAAGUUUUCAAAUUAAACGCCCUUUGGUGCUAACACUUAUCUCCUUUAUUUUCUUUCCAAUAAAUGUGUUCCUAUAUAUUUUUUUUAAAUAAAAUAAUUAUUAAUAUAAUAUUUAAUUUACUCAAUUUAAAUAAAUAAAACAAUUAACAGACAAAUAGAUUCAAAGAUUAUAGAGUGGGUAUUACGAGCACUUUCUUUAAUAUAUUUUUAGAAUUGCAUUCAGUAUCGCUGUCUUACCGUGAGUUUCUGAGACAUAAAUCCCAGUU